GACUUGAUUCCCUAAUUUUGUUACUGAACAAUAAGGAACUCUCGCCCGAUCGUAUAAAGUUUAAUUUACAUUACAUCACGUUCGGAUGUUGAAUUUAGGAAGGGAAAGCCGCGAUGCUGACUUAUCCAGUGAAAAUAGGACGUUGGUUACAUACUAAUUGUUAUCAUUGUAAGUUAUAAGUAUAGGUGGUGGGCUCACAUGUGGUCCGUUACUAAAACAAAGCUACGCCGACCGGGCGACCGUCCACCAUGAGAGUUCAUACUAUUGCGCUGAUCUUGUGUCUUAUCGCAUAUGCAGCAGCUGAUGUUGCACACAUCAAAGCUACUAAAGCUAAGCUGUUUAGUCACAUAACCGGCAAACACCACAAGAGGGGUAUACUAUCUCAUGUACCGCCGUACAAACUGGGCCACGACAUUCCACUGGUCACUCACUCGGUGGUGAAGCCUGUCGUCGUCACGUACCCGCCAACAGCAGCCGUUGCGACAGUCAAAGUGCCGCUAACGAAUCCCUUAGUGCCAAGAUUCCCAGUUCCAGUCGGCCAUAAAGUGCCUGGUCUACCUCAUCCGCAUUACGCAUUGAGGUUCCCUCAUACGAAGUAUUACGUAAAGCCCGAUCAUCAUUUUCAUCACCAUCAUCAUCACGUACCACCAAGACCAAUAUUACCAGUGGUACCUGCUAUAGCCCCGGUCGCGCCACCCCCUCCUGUCGUUCACGCUGCCCCGGUCGCUCCCGUCGUCCCUGUGCCUCAACCGACAGCGACCCUAGCGCAACAUAUUCCAGCCCCACCGCAAGUAAUUAUCCCAUCCCCAAUUCUCCCAGCCCAAGCUGCACCAAUCUCUUCACCACCAGUACAUGUAUUUCCACACAGUAAUUUACUAAAACCUCUUCUUCCUGCUGCAACUAUACCAUUAGCUCCUGCUGCUGUAAUUCCCACUCCAUUAUUCCGAGCACCUCAGCAGUAUGUAAUUCGACCGGGCGGUGCAGUACAAACGUCCUAUUUUGCAACGUAUCCAAGAUAUCCGUUUAUUAAUAGCUACCAAGCACCACUCUAUCCCCUACCUAACGCACUUCAUGGUACACAAUCAAUUCAUCAAGUAAUUCAACCUCACAACCCUCACUUCCACGUUCUACCUCAGGCGGCUGCGCACGAAGGAUCGGUGGAGCAUCACACUCAUAACGUUCUGCUAGAGCAAACUCCGACAUUGCUUCAGCCAACGCAUGAACCACAGCCCGCAGUACAUUUACAUCCAACGCAAGAGACUUUUGCACACCCCACUUUUAACGUACAACCCAUACAACCGACACAGCUUAUUCCUCAACCAUCAGUUCACCUGCAGCCUACACAACCUUCAAUACCUGUAGAACACGAUGGAUGGUCUCCUGUUCCUGCACAACCUCAAGAUGCCGCACAACACGACGUUCACUAUCCCCAACAACAUCAUUUUGUUCAGGAGCAGGGAACUCAAGUGUACGAGCAUCACGACGAUCAGUAUCACGACUACCAGCACCAAAUACAACAGCACAUCCAACAACAAAUAGAACAGGCGCAAUACGAGCAGAGCCUAAACAACCAGCACCAGUUGAACCACGAAUACGGCACGCCGCAGCCAGCACAAGAGUACGCACAGCCAAAUCAGUAUCAAGUUCAUGAUUUUUCCCAACAAGCGCACGACUUCGCUCAGCAAGCGCAUGACUUUGCCCAUAAUGUGCAUGACUUUUCUCACGGCCAAGACUUUUCCCACAACAAUCAGGACUUUUCCCAGAGCGGGCAAGAUUUCUCCCAACAUGGACAGGAGUAUCCUCAACAACAAUUUGGUCAGAACGAUUACAACGUAGCCCAACCCGGCCAAGAAUAUGGUGUACCUCAGCAAGGCGUGGAGGGUCGCAACUCCGAUGACGAGAGCGCACAGUUUCACAACCACAUACCCCUCGCUCUGCAGCCGCCUAUCGACAGGCCUCUGGACCAUUUCCAAUAAUUAUCAUUUAAUUGCAUAGAUUAUAACUUAUGAAAUGGACGCUGGGGCCGCCCGUCGGCUCAUGACGGAAGCUUAGCGUUUUCGCAUUUAGUUUUAAUAGCAUUUAUAUGUUAUUACUACCUCGUCGAAGCAUGUGAUACAGGUUUGAUAAUAAUGGUUUGAAAAGUGAAAUUUAAAUUUUAAAAUAUAAGAGGCUUGGUCGAAAUAACAUUUUUUAAAUAUUUAAUGAAAUGUGUUAACUUGUAAAUAUUCUAAUUAGGUUUAAAAAUAACAGUAGCUAUUAAGUUUUUAUAUUUUGUACAUCACUUCACGAUAGAUGCAAUUGUUGCCUUUUUAUUAUUUUUACAAUUUUUCUAGUUGUUCUACACUAAGGUUAUUUAUUUAUUGUGAAAUAAAUCACUU